AUGUACAGUGGAAAGAAGAACAAAAACAAACCCCUCUUAGCAUUGGUCGAUCAUUUUGCGCGGGAUCUUGCGGAUUGCUUUCACCGCCCGAUCAAAGUAGAUCGCGAUGGCACUGAGAGAUCGUUCUUCCUCUGCACUCUCGGCAUGAAGGGGGACUGGCCGGCCCUAACCAAGAUAGGGCAACUUCGAAGGCACCACCUCCGGGAUACAUGGUCGACGAACACUGGUGUCGGAAUUUGCCACCGCUGUUUGGGAGGUCAAGAAGGCCACAGCUGGCACGAUGUUAGCUAUGAAAACAUGCUGGCGAUGCGGCGCGACGUACCUGUUCCCUGGACUAGCACGCCUGGUAUCAUUUCCAACCUUCCGGUCUCUAGCAAGCAUGUGGCUGAUUUCUUCAAAAUCGAUCUCUUUCACACCUUCCACAAAGGUGUUUUUGCUGAUGCUGCAGCAAAUGCUAUUGUUACUUUCUAUGACUUCGACCUUUUGAAGCUGAAGUCUCUGGAUCAAUAUAUGCAUGUGCUCUACGAGGAUGCUCGUGCCUUCUGCGCCGGCAAGAACUACGAGCUUCACAUGUGUAAGCUUACAACGCAGCAAUUGGGACUGACUCGUAGCACAGACUACCCCGCUGGGUCCUGGUUUAAAGGUGCGGACACCACAGUGCUUUGCAAGUUCAUGCAGCACAAGCUGGAGAGCAUCAUUCCGGAACUCAGCCAUGAUGAGAACUACAGUUUUAAUGUCGCAUACCUUUCUCAGAUCGUACAGCUCUUGGGCUUCGCCAAUACCUUCAUGCAUGUGUGCUACAACUCCGGGUUGUGGCUCACUGUGAGGCAGAGGGAUUUAAUGGUGAAGAAUCUGGUGAACUUCUUGAAAACUUGGGCCAUCCUUGCGCAAAGCGCAUUCAAUC